UAAUCUUACUUUUCCAUAGGUCCCAUUUAUUCCACAUUCUUUUGAUUAUUUUUCCUCACUGAAGCCUGUAUAUUGAUCUGUGGACAAGAUGACAGAUCCUUUGUCGUCUUCCUUCUUUCCUGAUUUUGGGCUACUAUUGUAUUUGGAGGAGCUAAACAAAGAGGAAUUAAAUAAAUUCAAGUUACUCCUGAGGAAUGAGACCAUGGAACCUGAGUACUGCCGGAUACCCUGGGCUGCAGUGAAGAAGGCCAAGCGGGAGGAUCUGGCUAACUUGAUGAGCAAAUAUUAUCCAGGAGAGCAGGCCUGGGAUGUGGCUUUCAAAAUCUUUGGCAAGAUGAACCUGAAGGAUCUGUGUGAGAGAGCAAAAGCAGAGAUCAACUGGACAACCCAGACCAUGGGACCAGAGGCCACCAGGGCCGGAGAGGCACAAGGUGAUCAGGAGGCAGUGCUGGGUGACGGAACAGAAUAUAGAAUUCGAAUAAAGGAAAAAUUUUGCAUCAUGUGGGAUAAGAAGUGUUUGCUUGGAGAACCUCAAGAUUUCUGUCAUGAAAUUGCUCAGAAAGGUCGAGAACUGUUGGAACAUUUGUUUGAUGUGGAUGUUAAAACCGGGGAGCAGCCACAGACGGUGGUGCUUCAGGGGGCUCCUGGGGUUGGGAAAACAACCUUGGUGAGAAAGGCAAUGUUCGAGUGGGCACAGGGCAACCUCUAUCAGCAGAGAUUUACCUGUGUUUUUUAUCUCAAUGCGAGAGAAAUUAACCAGUUGAGAGAGAGAAGCUUUGUUCAAAUGAUAUCAAAGGCCUGGCCGAGCACAGAAGGCCCCAUUGAAAGGAUUAUGUCCCAGCCCAGUAGCCUCCUUUUUAUUGUUGAUAGUUUUGAUGAACUGAACUUUGCUUUUGAGGAACCUGAGUUUGCGCUGUGCGAAGACUGGACCCAGGUGCACCCAGUGUCCUUCCUCAUGAGUAGUUUGCUGAGGAAAGUGAUGCUCCCUGAGUCGUCCUUACUGGUGACAACGAGACUCACAGCAUCUAAGAAACUAAAGCCUUUGUUGAAGAGUCAGCGUUCUGUAGAGCUACUAGGUAUGUCUGACGAUGCAAGAGAGGAGUAUAUUUACCAGUGCUUUGAAGACAAGAAGCGGGCUGUACAAGCAUUCGGUUCACUAAGAAACAGUGAGAUGGUUUUUAGUAUGUGCAGAGUCCCACUAGUGUGCCGAGUCAUUUGUACUGGUCUGGAGCAGCAAAUGGAGAAGGGUGUCACAUUGACUUGCAAAACCACCACGGCUCUGUUUACCUGCUAUAUCUCUAGCUUGUGCACACCGGUAGAUGGAAGCUGUCCUAGUCUGCCCAGUCAAACCCAACUGAGGAGCCUGUGCCACUUGGCUGCCAAAGCAGUAUGGACUAUGACAUAUGUGUUUUACAGGGAAAAUCUUAGAAAGCAUGGGUUAACUAAAUCUGAUGUCUCGAUUUUCCUGGACUUGAAUAUUCUUCAAAAGGACACAGAAUAUGAAAACUGCUAUGUGUUUACCCACUUACAUAUUCAGGAGUUUUUUGCAGCUAUGUUCUAUAUGUUGAAAGACAGUGGGGAAACCGGGAACCAUUUUUUUCAGUCUUUUGAAGACCUGAAGCUGUUACUUGAAAGCAGCAGUUAUACAGACCCCCAUUUGACGCAGAUGAAAUGCUUUUUGUUUGGCCUUUUGAAUGAAGGUCUAGUAAAACAACUGGAGGGAACUUUUAACUGUAAAAUGUCACUGGAGAUAAAACAGAAGAUACUUCAGUGGAUGGAAAUAUUAGGAAACAGUGACUAUUUUCCAUCACGGCUGGGAUUUCUAGAGUUGUUUCACUAUCUGUAUGAGACUCAAGAUGAAGCAUUUAUAAGCCAGGCAAUGAGAUACUUCCAAAAGGUUGUCAUUAAUAUUUGUGGGAAAGUCCAUUUGCUUGUGUCUUCAUUCUGCCUCAAGCAUUGCCGGUGUUUACGGACCAUUAAACUGUCUGUGACGGUGGAAUAUGAGAAGAAGAUGUUCAACUCAAGCCCCUCAGCUGAAACUUGGCAAAGGGAUGGUGGUCGCAUUACUCAUUGCUGGCAAGAUCUCUGUUCUGUGCUUCAUACAAACGAACACUUGAGAGAAUUGGACCUGUGUCAUAGCAACCUUGAUAAAUUAGCAAUGAAGACUUUUUAUCAAGAACUAAGGCACCCAAAUUGUAAACUACAAAAACUACUGUUGAGGUUUAUUUCUUUCCCUGAUGGUUGUCAGGAUAUCUCUCAUUCUUUGACUCAUAACCGGAAUCUGAUGCAUCUCAACCUGAAAGGGAGCGAUAUAGGGGACAACGGAGUAAAGUCAUUAUGUGAAGCCUUGAAACACCCAGAGUGUAAACUACAGAAUCUGAGCUUGGAAUCCUGUGACCUAACUACACUUUGUUGUCUAAAUAUCUCUGAGGCUCUCAUAAAAAGCCAGAGCCUGGUAUUUCUGAAUCUGUCGACCAAUAGUCUUUUGGAUGAUGGAGUGAAGCUGUUGUGCGAGGCCUUAAGACAUCCAAAGUGUUACCUAGAGAGACUGUCUUUAGAAAGCUGUGGCCUCACAGUAGCUGGUUGUGAGGAUCUUUCUUUGGCCCUCAUCAGCAAUAAAAGACUGACACAUUUGUGCUUGGCAGACAACAUCUUGGGAGAUGGUGGAGUAAAGCUUAUGAGUGAUGCCUUGAAACAUCCACAGUGCACUCUACAGAGCCUUGUGCUGAGGCGUUGCCAUUUCACUUCACUUAGCAGUGAACAUCUCUCAUCUUCUCUCCUGUGCAACAAGAGCCUGACGCAUCUGGAUCUGGGGUCAAAUCGGGUACAAGACGACGGAGUAAAGCUUCUGUGUGAUGUCUUUCGGCAUCCAAGCUGUAACCUUCAGGACCUGGAAUUGAUGGGCUGUGUUCUCACUAGUGCGUGUUGUCUGGAUCUGUCUUCUGCUGUUUUGAACAACCGAAACCUGCGGAGCCUGGACCUUGGGAACAAUGACUUGCAGGAUGAUGGAGUAAAAAUCCUGUUGGAGGCUUUGAGACAUCCAAACUGUAAUAUUCAGAGGCUUGGGUUGGAAUAUUGUGGUCUGACCUCUCUCUGUUGUCAGGAUCUCUCCUCUAUGCUUAGCAGCAACCAAAGACUGAUAAAAAUAAACUUGACACAGAAUACCUUAGGGUAUGAAGGAAUUGGGAAGUUAUGUGAAGUCUUGAAGUCUCCUGAAUGUAAACUACAAGUUCUAGGGUUGUGCAAAGAGGCAUUUGAUGAGGAAGCCCAGAAGCUGCUGGAAGCUGUGGGAGGUGGCAAUCCACACCUAGUCAUUAAGCAUGAUUGUGAUGAUCAUAAUGAAGAAGAUGGGUCCUGGUGGCGGUGUUUCUGAUUUGAAGAACCUCUGAUAUUCUUUUAAAAAGUAAAAUAAAAUAAAGACCUCAGAGCGACAAGGCCUGGGAUUCUUAGCAUUAGAUACUCUAUGCUCAGACUUGUUGCAUUUGAUGUCUGUUAGAUAUAGGUUAGUCACUUCUCUGUAAAAUGUCUGUUCUA